UAAAUACUGUUAGCAUUUAAUAGCAUUGAUAUUAAUAUUGCAUUUCAUAUACUGUAUAAUGCAGUGUAUAUGAUAUACAACUAAUCAAAACAAAUAACAUUUGUUUAUCAUUUGUGUGUCCAUUGAUGUGAUGACCAUUGAGUGACCACCAAAACGAUGGCCACAAUGCGUGCCUUUCGUUGCGAUGAUUUGUUUCGCUUCAAUAAUGUAAAUUUGGAUCCGUUGACUGAGACAUAUGGCCUAUCAUUUUACGUGCAAUACUUAGCGCAUUGGCCCGAAUGCUUCCAAGUGGUAGAGACACCAAAUGGACAUAUCAUGGGAUACAUUAUGGGCAAAAUUGAAGGACAGGGCGACCAAUGGCACGGACACGUGACCGCAUUAAGUGUGGCCCCGCAGUACCGUAGGCUCAACUUAGCGGCCAAAUUAAUGAACGCUUUGGAAGUUAUAUCCGAAAAAAAACAAGCAUUUUUUGUGGACCUCUUCGUUAGGGUAUCUAAUAAAGUAGCGGUUGAUAUGUAUAAAAGACUCGGUUAUACUGUUUAUCGAAGAGUUUUAGAAUAUUAUUCAGGAGAUCCCGAUGAAGACGCUUUCGAUAUGAGAAAAGCUUUACCACGAGAUAAACACAAGAAGUCUAUAAUCCCUUUAUCACAUCCAGUCAGACCUGAAGACUUGGAAUAACUCGAGUCGACAUUUAAAUAAUAAAAUAUUUUAUUUGAUUUUAA